UCAAGCCGCUUCAGGCGUACCUUAACCCCUUCGAAGCCCUAAUCGCACUGUACGCUAUACCGCGCACGAGGUAGGCAGCGUACUCAGGGAUUAUAAUAUCUUUUCCAGAGAUCAGAGUCUCCGAAGGAAAGUAUUGAAAUCACCAAUUUAUUCUUGUUUAUGUCUGAGUUGGUAGGUUGAAGUGAUCGGAUUCGGUGUUGAAGUUGGUGCAAACUGCAAAUAUCUCCCUGCUCACUCUACUAUGUUAAAUCGAAGUGGUGGAAGAGAUCGGUUUAGAAGGGAUUACCCUUCAAGAUUUGAAGAUAAAGGUAGCAGUGGGCGGAGCAACAGCAGCAACCCCCCUUCCAGGCAUCUUUGGGUUGGGAAUCUAGCACACAGUAUAUCAGAGAAUGAACUUGCCCGUCAUUUUCUACAAUUUGGACCACUUGAGAGUGUUGCAUUUCAGCCUGGUCGUAGUUAUGCUUUCAUCAAUUUCAGAAGGGAUGAGGAUGCUAUUGAUGCCAUGGCAGAACUUCAAGGUUUUCCUGUUUCAGGCAACCCGCUUAGAAUUGAGUUUGCCAAGGCGGAUAAGCCAUCUUCACUAACACGUGAUGAAGACCACUCUUGGGAUGAACGAAGCUCAGGGAGAAGAGGAUCUCCUUUCACUCAAAGAGAGUUUAGAGGACGCCAUGGUAGUCCUGAGCCUCCUUAUCCCGACAAAUCCAAGCUGACUGAUAAAAACCCAGAACCCAGUGAGGUUUUGUGGAUAGGAUUUCCAUCUCAAUUGAACGUGGAUGAUUUAGCCUUGAGAAAGGCUUUUUCUCCAUUUGGUGAGAUUGAGAAGAUCACAACAUUUCCAGGUCGUAGUUAUGCUUUUGUUCGUUUUAGGAGUCUAACUUCAGCACGCAGAGCAAGAGAUUCUCUGCAGGGAAAGUUAUUUGGAAAUCCACGCGUACAUAUUUGUUUUGCAAAGAGUGAAGCUGGUUCAUCAAGCAGUGGAAGGUUUUCAAUUAAUUCCCCUUCAUCCCCAUUUUAUGCAUCUAGCGGUCGUCAUGGAUCAAUUGAGAACUUGAGAAAAGAUAGGAGUAUCAUGGGCUUUAGUGGAGACCGUAGUGGUAGUUCCCCUGAUAUAUUCCCAAAAUGGGACUUGGCAGAUUCUGAUGCUUAUGAUUCAGAUAGAAGGGGCUCUUCACGGGCUAGUGGAUUCACUUCAUAUGAACAAAGGAGAGUUGGUGAAAAGUUGCCACCCCUUGGAGUACUACAAGAAAGUUUUGGACACUCAAGAAGUCCUUCUAGAGAUAGACAAGCUCAUUUGGGUACUUUUCCUCAAAGAUUUCCUCAAAAGCAUGCAUUAUUUGAAGAUCCACGGGACUUGCCAGAUGAUCUGUAUUAUCAACAUGACGCUAAAAAGCUGAAGACUGUAUCUCUUCCUUCUGAAAAAGAGCUUCCAGAGUAUCCUCUUUCUGAUUUAGAAAGGCAGAGGCAUAUGUUCCCAAGGUUAUUAACUGAUUUGCCCCAACAUGAGGUCCUUGAUAACAGAAUUGAUGCUGGACCUGUUGUGCAUAGACAAACUUUUGAUCCCAAACCAAAUUCCCCUUUUGCUCGGUCAGAUCGAAGUGAGCACCGGAAUCCUAAUGAUAGUUUCCGCAUGGGUGCCAGUUCUCUGCAAUCACAUUCUAUUGAGAAAAGAAGACUCACACCUGAACCUAGUAACUCAUCCUUAACUGAGUGGAAAUGGGAAGGAACCAUUGCCAAAGGUGGAACACCUGUUUGUCGUGCUCGCUGCUUCCCUGUGGGAAAAGUCCUGGAUAUCAUGUUACCUGAAUUCUUGGAUUGCACAGCGAGGACUGGUCUAGACAUGCUUUCAAAGCAUUAUUACCAAGCGGCUGGUGCUUGGGUUGUUUUCUUUGUGCCUGAAAGCGAUGUUGACAUUGAAUACUACAAUGAAUUCAUGCAUUACCUGGGGGAGAAGCGUAGGGCUGCAGUUGCUAAGUUAGAUGACAGAAACACCUUGUUUCUUGUACCUCCAUCAGAUUUCUCAGAGAAAGUAUUGAAGGUACCUGGAAAGUUGAGUAUAUCUGGUGUGGUUCUAAGGUUGGAGCAUCCGGGUUCUACUCAAGGGUCCAUGCACAAUGAAAAUGAAUUGAGUGCAUUGUAUCCAAAGCCACCAAUGCCAUCAGCUCAUAGCCCCCCACAAUUUACAUCUAUUCCUGAAUUGGGUGCAUCGGGGAUGAGCAAUCUUUCGUUCCUUGGAAAUAAGAUUUCAGCAGCUCUGCCUACCGGACCUGCCAUGGCUGGUGUAUCUGGUUCUCAUGAUGGAAGAAGGGGACACGAGUAUCCUGCUCAACAGCAGAACAAUACAUCUGGGCCAAAUUGGUCUGCCAACAAUCUUCAGACCUUGAUCUCCAAUAGAAAUUUACCAUUACAAUUGUCAACUGGUGCUGUUGAACCUCUUGCUCAGGAUCAGCAGCAGGACAUUCAGAGGUCAGUGCUUGAUGUCAAUUCAAACCAACGUGUCGGUGAAAACAAGUCAUCUCUUCAGGAAAUAAGGCCUCUGGAUUCUUUAUCUCUGCCUGGUGGAUCCCUCCAACAAGAGCAGCUCGCACAACUAGCAGCAUCUCUUCUUGAGCAGCAGAGGCAAUCAGGGAGCGGUCUUAGUGUAUCUGCGGCGUCACAUGAUCCGAGGCAAAUUCAUAGAGUUAACGGGUCUGACUCCUCCUCCAGAUCAUCCCAAAAAUACCCCAUUCAAAAUAACUCAGUGAAUCCUGAACUCGCAACAGCUCAGUAUGGUCAAGUUCUACAGAUUCAAAAGCAACAGCAGAUGUCAAAUGUGCCUCAAGGAUCACAGAUGGUUCAAAGAGAGCCACAAAGAGUGACUAACGGAAAUCAGCAACAGCUAACUGGAAGUAACAUGCAGCAAGAUGCAGAAGCUGAUCCACAGAAGCGUCUACAAGCGACAUUACAGCUGGCUGCAGUUCUUCUUCAGCAAAUUCAGCAAGGGAAAGGAAGUUGAACAGUGCCUGGCUCUUUUUAGUCUGUCCGAGCUUAAACGAGAAUUACGGCUUGUAAAUGGACUGGUUAGAGUUUCAGUUUAUGCAGGACCUGUUUAGGAAAUCUGUGAUUCAUAGUAGUAAUGCUGGUUCUUGGCUUUCUGAUUAACUAUCUGGUUUGAAAUUAAACUGGCGAUCUCCCUCA